AUGAGUUCUCCCUUUUCCACAUUGGACUCUGUUCUACAAGAUGCAGAAGCUUUGGGAGUAUUCAAACAAUGGAUAGUAUUGGAUCCAUUACGAACGAUAGAUGCAGUAGAUUUAUAUUUUGCCAUAAAAGGCUUCAAAGAAAUGCUACAAAGAGGAGACUCGUCUGCUGCCAAUGUUGCCUCUCAAGUUCACCGACGUUUCAUCAGUCUUCGAACUGGCAAAUGUACUUUCCUUCCUGUCGAAAUAAGGAAAGAAAUGUCACAGCGUAUACAUGCGUUAUCACAUUCUUCUUUGAAUCCCAAUAUUUUUGAUCCUGUCAUUUCUCCUCUGAAAAACGUCCUCCAUACAUGGUAUUCUCAUUUUGCGUGCUCUGAACCAUUCCAUAAACUGGUGGCUUUACGAUGCUCUGAAGGACAAGAAACUGGCUAUACUGAACUAGUUUUCCCUGAUGCUAAUUUUAACACAUUAGCUCUGCCUGGGAAGAAGAGCUCUAGAAAACCUAGCUACUUGUCCGGACCUUCGACAAGUAAAAACGCAGACGGUCUUCAUAUUCCUUCAUUCAGUGCUAAAUACGAAAAGAACUUCAAGAAUGCUGAUUUGUGCAUUCGACAUGAAAAGCCUGAUGAAAGGGAACACUUUGCUGCUCUCUUGAUUGAAGAGCUACAAAAAAUUGCGAGACAACUAACGAAUGCUGGUGAUGAUGUAUAUGCAAGAGAUUUACCAAAGUCUACUGGGCGUGAUAAAACGAAAACGUUUGUAAUCGACGAUCAAAGUUUGACUAUAAGUGAUGAAGAAGUUGAUAAAUACAUUGGAAAAAUAGAUAGUCAAAGAGAGAGAUCAAGUUCAGAAGAAGGUACUUCAGUACAUGUUAGUGGAGCAACCAAUCCUUACGGUGAAAACGGCUUUGCUCCACCUCCAUAUGAUUUCAAUGUUAAAAUUCCAUCGUUUCUAUCCAACAGAAAGAGGAAUACCAACUUUCCUGAUUCUUCUGGUUUCUGCAGCUCUGAAAGUGCGUACUUUUCUGAUCCAAGCUAUGGAAAUCAUAGAUCAGCACUCAAUCACAGUCUCCAUUCAACUCCUCCAUGCAAUCCAGCCCAUUAUUCAGCUCAAACCUUAAGGCGCCCAAAUAAUUUAUUAUCCUCGAAAGGUCAUGCAGCCCCUUUCAGUCAUUUCGCUACAUUACCGAGAUACUCUGUUGAUACACCUAAGGUUAAAUGUACUUUGUGGAAAGAAGGAGAACAAGCUCCUUAUGUCGCAAAUGUGGAGAACAGAUGCAUGACUUUAUCAGAAUUCCGAAGAUUGUUUGGUAUAUCCCGUAGAGAAAAUAGCAGAUUGUUGUUCAAAAGCACGUGUGACGAUGCAACAGCCCCAUACCAGUGGAGCUUGAUCUCAGAUGAUUCAACCAUACUGCCAGUUUUUGAAGGCAAAAUAACAGCUGAGAGUAGGAAAUACGUAGAUUCUGAUUGA